GUGUGUGUGUGGUUGGGGCGUGUUACCCUCUCUGAAUAGGUCUUUUAUUUUGAAGUUUCUCUGAGUUGUUCUUCAGUGCUCAGCCUUGUUCUUAGUCCUCAGUCAUGUCGAACAUCAGCGCCCCUAACAGCAGCCUGGUCCUCGUCCAGAAGGCCGUGAAGCAGCUUCGUCUGGAGGCCAGCGUGCGUCGGAUAAAGGUUUCUCAGGCGGCUGCAGAACUGAAGACCUUCUGCCUGCAGAAUGCCCACAAAGACCCCCUCCUCACCGGGGUGCCCUCCAGUGAUAACCCCUUCAGGCCCCCCAAGUCAUGCAUCCUCCUCUGAUACCUGUUAAAGAGUGCAAAAAACAAACGCCUGAUCACUGUGGAUUUCUGUCAUGUGCCCCAAUGCCUCUGAAGAAAAGGAAGCCGAGAACAAACACACACACCAAACACAAAAGUGGGUAGUUUAUAUCAGAUGCAUUGAAUUUUCCGAUUUAAAGUUCGAAAAAUUCAUAAUGCAAAAGGUUUCUAUUUACCAACAGCUCUUUUAAAUAAAUGUUGAUUCCUGUAAUAUAUUUUGGAGACACAGGAGCCUCGAAAUGCCAUUUUGUGCACGCUAGGCAAAAACGAUCUAUAAAGCAGAAUAAACUCUUGAAAAAAAGAGGAAGUAAAGCUGACAAACUGUUAUCUAAGGAUAGAGGGUGUCGUUUUUCUCAUACUGAUAUUCUGAACAAUCUGUGCUGUUGUAUUUGCUGUAAAGUGUCUCUACUGUAGGCUAUUUUUAUUAUAUGUACAGCACUUUGGCUCGACCAAAAAUCGUUUAUAAAUGUGCUAUAUAAAUAAAACUUGAUUUGAUUUGAUUUGAUACAUGGAUGGGAAGUUGUAUUAUUCACCAUUAAA